CGCCACCCCCUGUCCGGCCACUGGCUGGCCCUGGCGGGUCUGCUGGUGCCGCUGCUGAAGCACUGCGCCAUGCAGGUGGUGGCCAUGGGUGCGCCGCGGGUGUACCUGCAGCACCGGCGGGCGCUGCAUGUGGGCGGGCUGGCGGCGAGGCUGCUGGGGCUGCUCAUGCAGGCCACAAGCGAGUGUGCUACGGUUCGUGCCAAGGCGUACAAGCAGGAGCUGGUGAUCGCGGGAGUGAGCAUGAUGGUGCAGCAGGACGACCCCAAGUCCUUCCUAGCGCAGCUGGGAGUGGCCGCCCUGGCCUGCCUGUGCGGCCACCUAGCUGGGCUGGGACCCGAGGACGACAUGCCCACCGAGGCGCUCAAGUUCAUGGCAACAUACUGCGCCAUGCUGGGACUCAAUACGCUGUACAACACGUUGAUGGGCGCUCCGCCCCCCUGGGCCGGCUCCCGACCCAGGGGUCGCACCGCCGACUCGUACUACGACCCACCAGAUGACGUCACUCACAACACCCAGACGCCCGAUGGCAGCAGCAGCCGAGCCGGCGGGGGCAGUAACGCGGGGUCCCGCGGCGCCACUCCGCGGCUUUCCUUUGAUGGCUCCGUUGGAGGCGGCGGCGGAGGUGGGGGUGCUGGCGGCGGUGGUGGCGGCGGCGGCGGUGGCGGAGGCGGAGGCAGUGGUACGACACAGUGGUACUAUCCGACGUCUACUGUCGGCGGUGGCGGUGGCGGUGGCACCGCAGCCUUCCCUGCAGUCGGCAGUUUGAAAUCCGUGCGCUCCUCAAUCGACCUGGGCGCCUACUCGUUGUUACCUUGCAUGGGAUCGGAGCCGGGUCCUACCACCGCCGCGAGGGCGGCCAACAGGGCGGCUGCUGCGGCCGCCGCCGCCGCUGCUGCCGCCGCCGCGGCAGCAGUAGAUGGCGGAGGUGCCGCCGCCCCAGCAGCAGCUGCCGUACAUGCACCUCCGCCGCUGUCGGUGCGUGUGCACCCGGUGCACUUGGUGAAGCUCUGCGUCAUUCGGGCCUUUGCGCUGGCCUACCUGGCCGCGCACAUCCUGCAGGUGGUCCGCGACAGCCGCAGGCGCGGCGAGCCGCUCACGCGCUACGUCGUGUCCGUACACCUGACGACGAUGAUUUCCGUACUUUACGGCAUUCCGCCGCUACUGGCCCUGGUUUUCCCUUUGGUUUAUGCGCGGUACGGCAGCACUCUAAACGUGGCUACAUGGACCGUACAGCUUGUCAUCCGGGCCAUAGCUCUUAUUGCUGAGCCCUCGGGAGUGCAUGACAUGCACGCCACCCGGUCUUUGUUCUUCAACCUUAUCACAGCAUUGGCCCUAGAUUGCGAACCCGGCGUGUAUGUACGGCUAACGGGUACGAUGGCCGUUGGCUGGGUUGCCGUACAUGUAUACCUGCUUGCCAGCCGCCCCAGCAUCCUAGCGUCGUCAUCAGGUGUCGACCUUGCAAAGCUUCUAGCCCUGUACCCAGUAGCUUGGGCCGUGGCUGUGGCGUUGAACGUCGGCACACGCGUACCGACCGUGCAUUUGGUCGCGACGCUGGGAACCGAGGGCGACGGCGCUGCCGCCGCCGCCGCCGGUCUCGUAGGCGGCGGCGGCAAUGGCACCAUGUCGUACAGCGAGCGACGUUGGCGGCGACGGCGACUGAGUCACGGCCCCGCGGCGCGCUUGGUCGGCAGCAAUGUCGCGACCGGCGAGGACCUGCUGUCCUUUCCACACCAUACUCCACAUCACCACCCGCACACCCUCCACCACGGUCACCACGGCCAUCAUCACCACCACAGCCACCACUCCCAGGGGCCACAGCUGCACCACACCCACCACGGGGGGUACGGCUACACGCAGCACAUGGGGGCCAGCCACCUGGGGCCGCAUGGAGCCGGCGGCGGAGGCGGAGGCCGGUUGUUAAGCCGGGUACGGAGCCAUAACCACCUGUCCAUCAUGGGAGGCGCCAGCAUGGGGCCCACUGCGCUAGCGGCGGCGGCAGGGGGGAUUGAAGGUGGUAGUGCAGGCGGGGUGAAGAGCCCGCGAGGGGACGGUCGCGGCGGUGGCGGCGGCGGCGGUGGUGUUGUUGGCAGCAGCUCGACGUCGAUACGCAAGUUGAACACGAGCGCUAGCUUCGGUUCCGCCGCUGGGUUCAGUCGUCUGUCAACCAUCAGCGACUCGCCGCCGACAUCGCCGUCACCGCCGCCUACGUUGCCGACGCCGCCAUGCAAACCGACGCCGGUGGCUCGGAGCCCUUUCUCGCGGGUUUCAUCCAUGGCGGAGGCUGAGAUGAAGGCGGCUGCGGCAGCGGCAGGUACGGAUGACGAGUCCUCGACAGCUGCCGGCAGUGAGCCGGCAGCUGGCAGCAGUUCACCAGUGGAGCCUGUGAGCCAGCAGACGCAAGGGCUGGCGGGGGCUGCAGCAGCUCCGGAGGCAGACGCGGAGGCGGUGUUAAAGCCUGUAGCCGACGUGCUAACCCGGGGUGGACUAGCCGACGUCAUGGUGAAAGCCGGCCAAGGAAAAAGAGCGCCCGCCAACGCUGUGGUUGCUUCUCCCCAUGCGGAAGUCGUAACUUUGGCAGCGGCGGCCGCUGAGGGAGCAGCAGCAGCAGCAACGGCGGCGGUGGCGGCCAGCUCGCCCGUCGCCAGUCUCGUACAGCAAUCUGAUGACGUGUACGACAGCACAGAGGUAGUCAACGCCCUACUAGAAUCAAUGACGGCGGAGGCGACGGCGACGGCGGUGGGUCCCACAUGGACUGGAUUCGGAAAAGCGGCGACGUCGACGGAGGUGAUGGGGGUGAUGAAGGCGGAGGCUUCCCCGCAGCUGUUGCCUCCCCCUGGAGAGGUGCUGCCUCCACUGCCGGAGGGCUCUUCAGCGGCGGAGCUGAGUGCGGCGUUGGGGUCGGAGGUGGCGGCGGCGGCGGCAGCGGCGACAACAGCGGCAGCGGUAGCGGCGGCGCGGGCUGAGCCUGUGCCGCCUCCGCUGCCGCCGGCCCCGCCACCGCUGCCCCCGCCGCCCGCACCCGCCUGCGACCCAUUGCAGGAGUAUGCCGCCCUGAGCUACUUUAUUCGGCGCCCGGCCGCAUGCAAGGGAGUGGACAUCCGCCGCCGUCUGGAAGCAGCCCUACGCGACCCGCCCGUCCCCUUCUGUCCACCUACCUCCUCUUCCUCUUUCUCCUCCCCUUCCUCCCCUUUCACCGCAGCCUCAACCACCACCACCGCCUCCCCACCAUCACCCUCAAUCCUAUCCUCCUCUAUCUCCCGUUGUUUCAACGGCCUCCGUCUCCUCACCCGCCUCCGCCCCUGCUCGUCCGCACCAAACACCAGCGACGCAUGUUGCAGCAGCACCAGCGAUAACAGCAGCAAGACACCCGAGCAACCGCCCCAGAAGCCACCUCACAAGCCCUCCCCCCGACUGCACCGCCACCGCUACUCCCUACGCGAUCGAGCCGCUGCAGCGCUGCGGCUGCUUGUGAUGCUGCACUCGGCGCUUCCCGUGCUGCGGCUGGGACUCGACCUGCUGACACCUCGAUGCAGAACCCCGAUGGACGCCGCUUCGGCCGCCUGCCUCGACGUCUUCUCCUUCUCCUUCCCUGCCGCCUCCUCCUCCUCCCUCCUGGGACUGGGCUCGCUGGCAUCUCUCCUCACAUCUUCUUCGCCCUCGGCUGUCGCCUCCGCUGCCUCUAACAUGGCCACCGCUGCCGCUGCUACAGCUACUGCUUCCAAUGCCACUGCAGCUGUUAACCUGACUGCUGCUGUGGCUGCUGCCGCCGCCAACCCGCCGCCGUACCUCAGUCGCUCGCUGCUCCUCCACCUAGCCAGCAUGGCAGCAGACGUGUUGUUCAGUGUCCUGCCGUACACCACUCCAGAUCUCUUUGCUAGGUGGCGUGCCGUACUGUGGCCCGCCAUGCUGAUUGCCAAUGAGGAGAUCCGUCUGCUUGUCCUGGAAGGCAUGGGUGUGUGCGUGGGCGGCCCCAGCCGGCCCCUCUACUCCCUCUUCCUGGCCGCUGCGCUGUGGAGGCUGCUGGAGCUGCCCCCGCGCGCCUUCCAGUGGGCCAUGGGGCUGCGGCUGGCCACGCUGAUGCACCACGCGAGCAUGCUGUACGACAUGGAGGCGGGCAACACGGCGGGCUACCUCCAUCCCCUCAUCCGUACUGCCGUGCUCUCCGUGGGUGGCUACGUGGCGACGCAUCUGCUACUCACCCAGGCCGUACCCGCAGCCAACCUCGCCGCAGCCGCCGCAGCGGCGGCAGGCCGUCGGCUGCCCGCAGCGCGGCGGUGGUUGUACGGCAUCUUGGCCACGUCAGACGGUGCCGUACUUUUGGGUUUGGCGGGGCUUGCCGUCAUACACGUGCUGACGAGCAUUGUGGACAUGGACGCGUACCGGGGGUCCGAGGUGGCCCUGGUUUCGGAGCUUGUGGGGCUCGUACAGGAAGUGGUCAUCAGCAGCAGUCAGGGCUACUUCCGUCGCGGCGAGCCGCUGCCCCCCGCUGUGUCGUACAGCCUCAUGCGAGGCCUCUCCGCUGCCGUACUGGUGGCGGCGCUGCGAGCCGUAUACCUGGUAAGUCAGGAGAGCCAGGGCCGUGACGGCGAGUGGUACCGGCAGCACGGGGCAGCCAUGGCGGCGCUGCAUGAGGUGGCGGCGCGGGAGACGGACGCGGAGGAGCUGCUGGGGACGUUGGAGGCGGAGACACGAGACAUGUACAGCCGUUGCUCCGUCUACCUGGCCGUUAUGCCGCAGUACGGCAGACUGCUGAGCAGCAGCUCGUACGGCAAUUGGCAUCCUCCUCCUCGACAACCGCCGUCAAUGGCGGCGGCGUCAGCAACCCCAUUCUCAGCCACCGCCAUGAACCCAAACGCCGGCAUCGUUGGCUCCUCUCCAGUGCUGCUCGUACCGGUACACCAACUGCGGGCGUUACGACCACUGGCGCCGUACGAUGAUGCUGACAUCAGCAACAGCGGCAGCGUUGAUGACGGGUUCGGAGGAGGCGGCGGAGGCGGAGGUACGGCAGCGGCGGUGGCGUGGGAGUGCCUUCGCUCCGUAGCGGCCCAGCUGCGGCCUCAGGAGCUGGUGGUGGCGACGGAUGUGGGGCCGACGUGUGGUGGGGGCAGCACCGGCUCUGCUGCUCUGGACUGGCUCCUCACCGCCUCCUUCGCCUCCAACCUCGCAGUCAUCCCCGUCUCCGGCCUCGGCACCACCGCCUCCUCCUCCUCCGCACCCGCGCCUACCUCCACCUCUGCCUCCGCCAACCCCUCAUCGCACCCACCAUCUGGCCCGCCCCCUCCUCCUCCCCCCUCCUCCGCCUCCUCCCUCGUGGGGGCGCUGCUGGUGCUGAGUCCGGUGCACGGGGAGCUCGAUGCCGCACUGCUGGGGCUGAGUGCUGACGUGGCGCAUGCGCUGGGCGGGGCGCUGCACCUGCGGCACAUGCUGGCGGAGCACCGGGCGGGGGAGGAGAUCCUGUAUGAUGUGCUCCCCUCCAACGUGGCGGGCGCCCUGAUGUCUAUGAAGAUGAAAAUGGACUCCAAGGCCCGCCGAACCUCACCCAGCAACACGGGAGCAGCAGCAGCUACCAUGACACGCACCGGCAGCGGCGGCGCCGCCAGCGGGGGUACCGGCGGCGGCCUAUCCACUGCAUCCACCGCUCGGGCUAGCAUUGGCGGCAGUAACCGGGCCGCCGGCGGGUACCUGUCGAACUCAGCGGGACAAGUGAUGCUGCCGUCAGAGGCCCUAGCCGGCGACCUAACUGCCGGCGGUGGUGGCGGCGGCGGUGACGGCAGCAGCACUUCAGUACGGCCCGCCACGUCCCCCGGUGUGCAUCCCCUGCAGUCACCCCAACAGCCGCUUCACGCUCGGGCAGCUAGUGCCAACGGCCUCGUAGUCAACAGUAGCGUCAGCGGUGUCGGCGGCGGCGGCGGUGGCGGAGGGCAUAGCGUUAGCGUUAGUGCCAGCGGCGGUGACGGUGGCGGCGGCGGCGGCAGUGGCGGCGGUGGCGGCAUGAGCUCAGAUGGGUCGGCUAUUGGCGGCACGGGGGCGUACCUGGGUAGCAUCGGAAGCACGGGAGACAUUGUGUACAAGCAAUGGCACGGAGGCGUGUCGGUGCUAUUCGCUGACAUUGUUGGGUGGACCAGCAUGGCUCAGGAGAUGGAGGCGGAUGACGUCAUGCUGCUGCUGCACGAGCUGUUUUGCAAGUACGAUGCAAUCGCGGAGGAACUGGGCGUGUACAAGGUGGAGACCAUCGGCGACUGCUACAUGGCUGCCUCGGGUCUGCUGGCGGAGGACCCGCACCACGCGGCGGCCCUGGUGGCGUUCGGCAAGGCGAUCAUCCGGGCGGCGGCCUCAGUGGUCAACCCCAUGACGGGCGGGCGCGUGCAGAUCCGUGUGGGGGUGCACAGCGGGCGCGUCAUGAGCGGCAUCGUGGGCCGCCACCGCGCCCGCUACUGCCUGUUCGGCGACACCGUCAACACGGCCAGCCGCAUGGAGAGCACGGGGGUGCCGGGACGUGUGCAGGUUUCCGAGGUGACGUACGACCUGAUGGUUUCGCACCCGACCCUGGCGGCCAGUGCGGCGGAGUUUGAGGCCCGCGGGGAGGUGCCAAUCAAGGGCAAGGGGCUCAUGCGGACGUACCUGUCCGGGGCGAUCCUGGAGCAGCAGGUCUAGUGCGUCAGGUGGCCGGGCUGGGCAGCAGCGUUGGAGGGUUGCGUUGGUCUGGAUAGGGGUCGUGGUUUUAAGGCGAGUAAGGGGUGGUUGGGGGUGAGGAUGACUGGAAGAGUUUUGCUGUAUCUGAAGCUCGAGCCAAUAAAUGUAUCAUGCAGGAUAACGAAGUACAUAUCCCGCGGUACAAUCGUAACGCGCAAAGAGCCCAGAUCUGACUCGCACGUUGCUGUUUUAAUGCGCCAAUGCAAUGUUGGCGUCAUGAACGAAUUGGAUUUUGUUCCUGUUCCGGAAACGUCCGUCGAAAGCUGAAUUGUUAGUCGCUCUUGCAACUGAUCAUUAUACACUCGACUUUCGACCAUGUCCGGAGGGUGACAUUUUGUGCAGGUGUGCCGAACAGUAACGAGCGUUUGUGCAGUCUCCAAUUUGGCAACAGUUCUUUGCUGUUCGAGCCGCCCUUUGUAUCUCUUAGCGCCUUGGUGCUUUAAUACACCUUGAUAAUUGCUCGUGAUUUCGUGGAUCUGUGACACGAUGGGGCCGCGUUCGUGAUUGCGUGCGAGUGUGAGAGCAUGUGGUCAAAAAGGGCCCGACUGAGCUUGGACACUCGUAGGGUUUGCGUAGUGAAGUGCUGUUGCGCACAGCAAUGCUUGGAACUCUACGGCACUUCUUUGCUGGCUAUCAAAGGUCGGACGAGAGCAGUGGAAGGGGCCCAACCCGGGCAUGCAAGGUUGGCGUGACUUAUGCAUGAGGAGACUUUGGGGGAUGGCUUCCCUGUACUAUGAAUGGAACCGAGAGCUUCUUGCAUGGUUACAAAUGACUUUGUCGAAUAUCUGUUAGACGGGCGUGACCCAUGAGUCCUUACCUCAGUGUACGGCAAGGCCUGGGGUGCGGCACCGCUAUGUAAAGUGUGUUGUUAUGCUUAGACUCCACCUCCCAACUCAUAUG